GAACAUGGAAAGCAAUUUAAAGAAAAGAACGACUCUCGCUACGCAUGGCUUGCUGAUAUUCGAGAUGCAGAUAUGAAUGCACCGGAUUCUCCGGAUUAUGAUCCUCGUACGCUACAUGUACCUCGAUCUGCCUGGGCCGAGUUUACUGAGUUCGAAAGGCAAUACUGGGAAGUCAAGUCUAAACAGUGGGAUUCGGUUGUAUUCUUUAAAAAAGGAAAAUUCUAUGAAUUAUAUGAAAAAGAUGCGGACGUGGGCCACAAGGACUUUGAUUUAAAAAUGACAGAUCGUGUCAAUAUGCGGAUGGCCGGUGUGCCUGAAUCAGCGUUCAAUUUUUGGGCCUCUAAAUUCGUUGCUAAAGGCUAUAAAGUGGCAAAAGUUGACCAGACUGAAAACGCCAUUGGAAAGUCUAUGCGCGACAGAAACGCUACCAAGAAGGCUAGCAAGGUGAUACAUCGCGAAUUGACAUGCAUAUACACUAUCGGUACCUUGGUGGAUAGUGGAAUGCUGACGAGCGAGAUGAGCACGUAUUGUAUGUCGAUAAAGGAAUAUACCUCUUCGAACAGCACCACCCCUGAAUUCGGCAUCUGCUUUGUUGAUACAGCAACAGCCGAGUUCCAAAUGGCAGGUUUCAAAGACGACGCUGGCCGUAGUAAGCUUGAAACUAUCAUUGUCCAACUCAAACCGCGAGAACUCGUAUCAGAAAAGGGCUAUUUAAGUGCAAAUACACUUCGUGUUCUUAAGAACACCUUAUCUGAGGUUCUCUGGAACCAGUUGAAGCCAGAGGCAGAGUUUUGGAAUGAUGUGAGGACAAUAGACGAAAUUAGGAUCACUGGUUACUUUGGGGACGAUAUGGAUGAUGAAUCAUCUUGGCCAGAGGCUCUACAAUCCAUGCGUAACCAACCUCUUACAAUCUCAGCACUUGGCGGAUUGAUCUCGUAUUUGCGCACACUUAAGCACGAUAAAGAUCUUCUUUCAGCGAAAAACAUCUCUAUUUACGACCCUGUCCGACAAACGUCGUCACUUGUUCUUGACGGACAGACACUAGCAAACCUGGAAGUCCUGCAAAACUCAGAUGAUGGCUCCAUAGAUGGUACUUUACUUCAAUUACUCGGAAACGCUGUAACACCAUUUGGUAAACGGCUUUUCCAGCGGUGGUUAUGCCAUCCACUGCGCAAUGUCUCAGAUAUCAACAGACGCUUGGAUGCAGUCGAAGACUUGAUGCAACAUACGGAUAUACAUGAAUCGCUUAGCAGAAAAAUGGUCGGCAUUCCCGAUUUGGAACGUCUCAUCUCACGUAUUCAUGCAAAGCAAUGCCAAGUGAAAGAAUUCCUUGCAACCCUCGAAGGAUUCGAAAAGACUCUGGCAAUCAUCGAUGAGCUCAAAUCUGAACAAGACAGACUCAACUCUACACUGCUCAAAACAAUUGUCACCCAGUUCCCUGAUAUUCGUGACAAGCUGCUCCUUUUCCGAGAGGGAUUUGAAGUAACUGAGGUUGACAUUGACUAUCAGAGAUUGAAGGUUGUUAUUCCCAAGAGUGGUGUAAACGAAGAAUACGAUGCUAUUCACGAGCAAAUCGACGAGGCAGAAAAGAAGUUCAACAGCUAUUUGCAACAAAAGAAACAAGAUCUUGGAUGCUCGCAGAUCCGCUUCCAUAACCGUGGCAAAGAAAUUUACCAGAUAGAAGUUCCAAAAGAUGUCGAAGUACCUAAAGCGUGGCCCAAACUUGGAGGAACAGUGAAAGUAACACGCUAUUAUACCGCCGAGCUCGAAAAGAUGAUCCAAAAUUACAAAGAGCUGCUCGAGACGAAAACCGCAUUUAUCAAGGGCUUUACAAGCCAAGUUUAUGGCCAAUUCGACGAGUAUUACAAACAAUGGCUUGCUGCCACUCAAUGUAUUGCUUAUAUUGAUGCGUUGAUGAGCCUUGCAAAAGGAUCCGCCAAGCUUGGAGGACCUUCGUGCCGUCCGCAACUUGUUGAGCAAGAAGACGGUGUUUUGGAGCUACGAGAUAUGCGCCAUCCGUGCAUGAUACCAGGUGCUGGUCAAGACUUUAUUCCCAAUGAUACACUACUCGGUGGUAAGGAUCCAUCCAUCAUGGUCCUUACGGGACCUAAUAUGGGCGGCAAAUCUACACUGCUUCGACAAACGUGCACAGCCAUCAUCAUGGCACAGCUGGGCUCCUAUGUGCCUGCAAGUCACUGUCGUUUGACCCCAUGCGACCAGAUCUUCACGAGAAUCGGCGCUAAUGACAACAUUCUGCGUGGUGAGUCUACGUUCAUGGUGGAGUUGCAAGAAACAUCAAAGAUUCUACAUGAAGCAACGCCACGAUCUAUAGUCAUCUUGGACGAACUCGGACGUGGCACAUCCACUUUCGAUGGCUAUGCUAUCGCAUAUUCUGUCUUACAUUAUCUCUCUAUCCAUGUUGGGUGUCUGGCUAUGUUUGCAACACAUUAUCAAACUUUGUGUCAAGAAUUUGAACGGAAUCCAACGAUCAAUAAUAUGCACAUGUAAGUUGGUUUUAGUUUAAUCUUUUGCAAACUGGUUUGUUUUGCUUUUUCUGACCUUCUUGUGCAAUCGAUUUUCAGGGGUUACUAUGUGGAUGAAGAGGAGCACAGAAUCACCUUUUUAUACAAGUUGAUGCCUGGUAUCUGUGAGAAAUCGUUUGGUAUGAACGUUGCUGCCAUGGCCGGUGUACCAGAUUCUAUUAUCAGAAAGGCG